UCUCCCAUUUUCUUUCUUUCCUUCUGGUUCCUUCAUUUGUUGCUCAUGUUCUUAAAGCUUUGGUGGGUUAGUAAUGAGUACACCUCCAAAUAUGGCAACAAUCACAGCCGCCUUAGAACGCUCUCUUCAAAACUGUUCCUUAAGCCGCCACCGCCGCCGCCGCCAUCAUGAUCAUCAUCAGCAACAACAACAUGCCCCAAAUUCCUCUUCUUCUCAUCUUCUUCAACCUCCCACCACUUUGGACCUCAACUCCCAUAUCUCUCUCCCUUACCACUGGGAGCAGUGUCUCGAUUUAAAGACGGGGGAGAUUUACUACAUAAACUGGAGGAAUGGAAUGAAGGCGAAGGAAGAUCCAAGGUCUAUCACAGAAGAUCAUUAUAGUGAAGAUUACUAUUACUUCGACGACGACGAUGAUAGCGACGAGUCGUCGACGGAGUCAUCUAAUAACAACAACAAGAACAACAAGAACUAUGCAGCAAUGGAAGAACAGGAAGAACAGGAAGAAGAAGAAGAAGAGGAGGAGGAUGUGUUGGUGGUGGCAGGUUGCAAGAGCUGCCUAAUGUAUUUUAUGGUGCCAAAGCUUGUUGAAGAUUGUCCAAAAUGCAGUAAUGGUCAGCUUCUUCAUUUUGAUCGCUCUGAAAAUGAAAUUCCAUGAAUGACACAGCUUUCCACUUGCUUUUCUUUCUGGGUUUUUUUUUUUUUUGCUUUGAUUCAUGGGGGAAUGAGAGGAAGAAGAAGAGAGAGAGAAACCCUUUUCAUUUUUGCCUUUCAAAUUGCUUCCAUGUGUAUUUGUAUUUGUCAGAAAAGGAGGCCAAUGGGUUUUUGGUUUUGGUUUUGGUUUUAUAAAUUUCUUCAUUUUUUGUUCU